UGUGACCUUUUUUUUUCUUCAAGUUCAGCGGACGCCUUCUACCUCCGCUAUCCCUCCGGAAUUCUCCCACAGUCUAUGCUGAGGUAAUAGUACUAGUGAUGGGAUGAGAUCGAUUCUGCGCCACCAGCAAGUUUGGCGUCGACACCUGCGCCCGGGCACGUGUCUCGCUCGCUAUGGUGGCACCGCUCCGGGGAGCGUCGCCCUCGCCGCGGCGGCCGGGCCGCGCUCCCACGCCUACUCCACCGUGAACAACCCAGACGCGCCGGCCACCGUGAACAACCCGGACGCGCCGGCCACCGUGAACAACCCGGACACACCAACCACCGUGAGCAACCCGGACACACCAACCACCGUGAACUACCCGGACGCGCCGACCACCGAGCACCACGACCGCGCGUCGUACUUGGCGUACGCCGAGCGCAGCGGCCUGAACCGCCGGUCCACCACCUACAUCGGCACCGAGUACGAGUACACGGUGGCGGAGGCCCUCGGGGCCUUCCAGUUCGCGCUGAAGCGGGUCGGCGGCCGCUCCGACAAGGGCAUCGACCUGCUGGGCACCUGGCGCGUGCCGUGCUCCUACUCGGCCCACUACCAUCCGGCGGCGGCCGCCGACGCCGCGCCGGUCCCGUCCAAGACCCUGCGCGUGCUCGUCCAGUGCAAGGCGACGUCGUCGGCGGCGACGCGGGUCGGCCCGCAGAACGUCCGCGAGCUGGCCAGCGUGUUCCACGCGGCGCCGCCGGGGUGGCGCGCCGGCGUGCUGCUGGCCGUGCUCGCCACCCCGCAGCUGGCCACCCCGGGCAUCCGCGACGCCAUGGCCCGCAGCCGCUGGCCCAUCGGCUACGUCUCGUGCUCGCGCGCCGGCCGCGUCGGCCAGUUCAUCUGGAACCAGGCCGCCGACCUCGGCGGCCUCCAGGGCCUCGGCCUCACCCGCCGCUUCUCCGACGACCCCGCCGCCCAGAGCCUCGUCCUCACCUGGAAGGGCAAGCUGUUCGUCCUCCGGGACCCGCCCGACCCCGCCGCCGCCGCCGACCCCCCGCAAGGCGGCCCCGCCGGCACCCGGGCAGAGCCCGCCAAGGAAGAAGCGGAGAAGAGAGAGGGGGAGCGUGACGCGUGAGGCUGCCAAGAGAAUAUGAGAACUUUAGCUCGCGGAUCCGCAGUUUCCUCUUAGCAGCUGCAGAUACGGCCCACGCAGGCCUGAAGGGGAAUCUACUCACAGUCUCCCGCCAAAUCCCCGAGACGAUAGAUAUGGUUUGCUUACUACUUACGCGGGCGGUUAACUUCUAGCGUCGGGUACCCAGGGGGGAGAACAUGGCUCCGGAAACAGAAUUUUUCAACUAUGCCGCAGUCGCCUCUCUACUGAUCACAAGGUAUAUAGAGUCUCGUAGCUGAGUAAAUAAACAUAUGUAUAUUACGUA